AUGGGAUCUUCAUAUAUGUUGCCAUAUUCCAGUACUCCUGGUGAAGGGGCACAUUGCAAACUUCCAUCAAUUCAUUCACUUCCAUUGGAUAUACCUGGCUACAACAGGGUGUUACCACCAUUGUACCCAAGUACUCUUCCACCUCCUCAAUCAUAUCUGCCAAUGUCUAAUGUGGGCAGUGGUGCCUACUUGGCUCCGUCACCAUUGGGGAGCAUGCAGCAGCCUACGAGAGGACUUAAUAUGGUGCCAGUCAAGGGUUCUUACACAUCCGACACAUCUAAAAUGGUAGCCAAUCAUUUAAUUAGCCCAGUAUCAUCUCCAGAGGCUAGAAAUGAAUCCGUAGCUACACUUAGUUCUCUGAACACUGAACAGAAUCCAAAUGGCAGCAGAUCAAGGUCGUCGUCUGAUCCCUUACGGGUGAAUAUAGUUUCUGAUGAAAUUCAACCUGCAAGAGAUGAUUCUAAGCUGCCAAGUGAUGACGAAUCAAAGUCAAAUAGCACCAACAUUAACGGUGAUAAUGAGGUUAAGAAGUCCAGUUGGAAGCCUCGCAAAAAGAAGCAAUGUCCAGAAUGCAAGCAGUAUUUUUCAAAUUUGGCCACUCACAAAUCUACUCACUUGAAGCCCACUUCAAGGCCACACAUUUGCAGAUAUUGCAAUAGAGGGUUUGCUAGGCCGAAUGACCUCUUGAGGCACAUAAAGUGUCACUGGAAAGAAAUAGGUUCUGACAAGGGACAGUUCAAAUGCCCUUUCAAAAAUCAUUCUACAGGUGAUCACUGUUGUCACAAUUCUGGGAUCUUCAGCAGAUGUGAUACUUUUAAAAAUCAUUUAAGAGCCAUCCAUUUUCAAUACCCGAAUGGUACGAAGAAAGAUCAAAGAAACAAGGUUAGUGGAAACUGUAGAAUGUGUCACCAACACUUCCAGAACGUUGACGAAUGGCUCAAUGAGCAUAUAGAAAAGAACAAAUGUCCUUAUGGAAACGAUAUUAAAAAAGAAUAG